AUGCUCUCGCUCGGUCGAGUUCUCGGUAUCGUCGCGAUCCUCGCCGGUACUCGACGAGCGGUUGCGUUCGACUCGUGGUUCGUGGAUCUGAUCGACGACUCGAUCACCGUGCUGUUUCCACCGGUAAGAGUAUCGGCGCAUCUCUGUCGUGUCGACCAAGACGGCGCGAUCGAGCUUUCCAGAAGGAUGUCGAGAAAGGGUCUGGCUCAUGACAUACAUCGCGAGUUCGAGGGAUUCGAGCUACGAACGCACCGCGACAGCUGGGAACAUCGAAUUUUGUACGUGGUGGAUCUGGAUUGCGACUACGCGAUUCCACUCUUGCGAGCGGCAAAUUCGAGCGGUCGGUUCUCAGCGCCGAUGAGAUGGCUUCUGCUUCGAGAUGGGACAAUCGCUGGAGACUCGAUGGCGCGCGUGGAGCAAACGUUCAGGAAUAUGGCCGUUUAUCCAGAUAGCGAGGUGAUUGUGGCGACGAAGCUGCGAGUCGAGGAUAGCUUCACGGGAAUAACGUCCGUCUACAGGCCUAGCCCGUAUCACGGAGUUAUAACGGAGAAUCGGGGAAACUGGACAGUCGAUCGUGGCGUUCGAGCGGCGAAUCUGCACGCGGCGUCACGACGAAGAAGGAAUCUUCGGCAGACGCCCCUGAAAUCCUGUCUCGUGAUGACGGAUCCUGAUACGAUCAAUCACUUAACCGAUUACGAAAAUAAGCAUAUAGAUGCAGUUACGAAGGCCAACUAUCCUUGGAUGUUGCAUAUAGCGAGCCGAAUGAAUGCAACCAUCGACUUUCGCGUGACCAACACCUGGGGAUAUCAACAGGAGAAUGGGUCGUGGAACGGCCUCACUGGGAUGCUGCAACGACGAGAGAUCGAUAUAGGAGGCACGGGAACCUAUCUUAUUCAACAGCGUAUCGGUGUAAUCGAUUAUAUACAACUUUAUACCCGCACCAAAGCGAAAUUCAUUUUCCGUGCGCCUUUGCUGUCCACCGUGAGCAACAUUUUCACGCUGCCGUUUCAACGAUCCGUCUGGAUAGCGAUCGGCGUCUUUCUUCUGCUGGUACUUGGCUUGCUCUACUUUUCCUCCAAAUGGGAAUAUCGUCGGGGAGCAUCGGCGAAAAGCGCUGCAUAUUGGCAGCAAUUUCAUCUAGACGAACAAACGCUCAGUGAUAAUUUCAUGGUCGUGUUGGGUGCUUUUGCGCAACAAGGAUACUCUUACGAGCCAUAUCGCGUUCCCUCACGAAUCGUCACUUUGAUGCUUUUACUCGCCGCUCUCAAUCUGUACGCUUCUUACACGGCCAAUAUCGUCGCUCUGCUCCAAUCGACCACCGACUCUAUCAGAACAGUUGCUGACCUGUUCUACAGCCCGUUAAAAUUGGGGGCGCAAGAUGUGGUCCACGUUCGACACUACCUCAAGAGCUUUCAAGAUCCUCUGCGAAGAGCCAUAGUGGAAAAGAUCGAACCAAAGGGUUACAACAGCUCGUGGUUGCCGGUCGAAGAAGGGGUUCGACGCGUUAAGGACGAGCUGUUCGCGUUCCACUCGGAACUGGGCGCAUUCUACAAGAUAAUGCAGGAGACGUAUCGGGAGGAAGAGAAGUGCGGGAUCACGGAGAUCGAUAUACUGAACAUGUUAUAUCCGCUUCUGGUGAUCCCAACUCGAUCGCCGUAUCUGGAGAUCGUAAAAAAUGCGGCUUUGGUGUUGGCCGAGACUGGUCUGCAAACUCGCGAAGACAGCCGGUUGUACACGAAGAAGCCCAAAUGUCAAGGACAAACGAGCUUCGUCAGCAUAGGACUCACCGAGUGCUAUUUCGCGUUGGUGGCGGUGGGUUACGGGGCGCUUCUCAGUCUCGUUGUGUUGGCGGUAGAACAUCUCUGGCAUAGGAAAGGAAGCUUGAUCGACCUCCGGGUCGUAAAGAGGUUCGCUUCAAACGCCUUGCCAUUUCCCGGUGAAACGCCGAACGACAACGCGACACCUUGGAGCGAAGCCGAUCCGUUUGAGUUCAUCGGGGAGAGUCAUCGCUUUCCGGAGAACAAGGAAACGGAGAAUGGAUCGGUGUCAGAGGACGUGGAUGAUCGUCAACGACAAGGAACACGUUCGACCAUCGGGGAUUCGGUGAAUUCGGUUCAAUGAAAACCAUGAGGUCGAGCGUGCACUCGGGUAAAUCUUCGACGCACUUGGCAGGGUUGCCGGCGAAACGGGUAAACGAGGGUACCACGGUCUCCGGUGGUACCACCGCUCCAUCCUCGAUGUAGCAACAGUCUUUCAGGACGCACCUUCUCCCCUGCGUAGUUGAACAAGCACUUACUCUUUCUGUUAUCCCGUUGCUUCAAUUCGUGCAAAUACGUAUAAAUAAAGUUUACGCGU